UCAGCCACCUCCACCUCCGCCUCCACCUCCGUCCAGUAUCGACUAAAUAUCGCGAUACCUUCAUUCGAUCUGUCAAUUGUAAAGCUCGUUGGAAACAUACAGGAUUUCUAUAAACUGCCAUCAUGUUUGUUUUACCUCCCCCACCACGAUAUCCCACCAUGGGGCCUUAUGGCGCCGGUGGUAUACAUCCUGUACCCAUGAUAGAGACAAACAAUACGUUAUCGAAUCCGACGGGUCCCGAAUGGCAAUUCCUGGUCGGAGAAGGAACGUAUACACUCAAAGAAGACUUACAUCUCGCGACACCUCCGCCCCAUCCUUCCGAAGCCACCGUCCCGAACCCGAACCCGCUAUCAACUCUUCCGCAGCCUGCCAGCGCCGGUACUUCAGUCUCUCUCAUCGCGCUUGAAAGCCGUCCAGCUCCAAACUUUCUGUACAGAGGACUCUCUUCGACGACCCUUGCCCUGAGCGGCGCGCCAUCUAGUAUUCAGGAGCAUCCCAACGAGGGCCGCUACUCUGCCGAAGGUGGCAAGACGAGCGAGGAGGGCCGUACUGGUUCGACAAGCGAUGCUCAGGCUACCUCCAUUACCAUUGGCUCUGCACCUGCCUUUGGCGAAGGCAAUGCUUUGCUUACCCAGGUGCCGACCAAGGAUGUGAACAAGAAGAGGAAGCCCAAGAACAACAUGACAAAAAGCAACUCGUCAUUCAUCUCUCGUGUUAUUGUUAACGAAAGCCUGUCUAAGAAACUUACAGAGCGAUCCAAUGAUGGCCUCUUUGCUUUCGCAAAUAUCAACCGCGCCUUUCAGUGGCUUGACAUGUCAUCAUCAUCAAAGCAAGAUUAUUUGACCAAGAUUCUUUUCACGAAAGCACACUGUCUAUGCCAUGAUGUUAAUGUUCAUACCAAGAGUGUCUCGCAUUUAGAUGUUAUAAUGGGCUUCUCAACUGGAGAGGUCAUCUGGUGGGAGCCGAUCUCACAACGAUAUACACGACUGAACAAAAAUGGUGCAAUUAACGGAACACCAGUUGCGGCAAUCCGAUGGAUUCCAGGAUCAGAAAACCUAUUUCUGGCUGCCCAUAUGGAUGGGUCGCUGGUCGUAUAUGACAAGGAAAAAGAAGACGCCCAAUUUAACCCUGAAGAGGAAGCAAUUAAUGGAAGUACGAACGGGACGAGUGGCGAGUCGUUAGAUGCCAGCAAUGGUGGAACUCAUCACAAUUCUAUUCGAAUCAACAAGUCAGUGCAUUCGAAGAAUCAAAAGGUCAACCCAGUUGCCGCCUGGAAGUUGUCAAACCAUCGAAUCAACGCCUUCUCCUUCUCGCCUGAUAACCGACACUUGGCUGUUGUCUCCGAGGACGGUACGCUAAGAAUUAUUGACUAUUUGAAAGAAGAGCUACUGGACGUGUUCUAUUCCUAUUAUGGAGGACUGACAUGCGUUUGUUGGUCUCCAGAUGGCCAAUACGUAUUGACUGGUGGACAAGACGACUUGAUAUCAAUAUGGUCACUAUCGGACUCGGCUCUGGUAGCUAGAUGUCAGGGACACCAGUCUUGGGUAUCAGCCGUUGCCUUUGACCCUUGGAGAUGCGAUGAGCGAAACUAUCGUUUCGGUAGCGUGGGAGAGGACGGGCGUCUUUGCCUGUGGGACUUCAGUGUCGGCAUGCUUCACCGACCCAAAGCGCAAUCUGUACGACAUCGUGGAUCUGUCUCAUCGCGCUAUACGGCUCUGCAACGGGCUGAGACGGCCACCACGUCCAACUCACGCUUGCGAUCUAACUCGAACUUAGAUACCGAAGACGAAGAAAUGGCUAUCGCACACCCUGUGGAACCGCGAGCCAGAAUUCCUAUGCUUCCUCCCGUACUUAACAAGUCAAUUGAUACGCACCCCGUGUGUUGGCUAGAUUUCACAGAAGACGCUAUCAUGACAAGCUGCAAAUCAGGACACAUGAGAACGUGGCUGCGACCUGGAUCGGAGCUUGCGGCACAGACCAAGGGAGCAGAAGCCCCGGGAGCAGCAUCAUGAUGAACGGAUCCAUGCUGAGUGAUAAAAGCCUUGAUGGGCUUCGUAACAAGGGCGUUGGCGAAUAGAGUUUGAUGAUAGGGUUUGUUGUCCUCCUUGUUUUGUGAUACGCCUGCAUAGUAAGGUCCAAUAGCUACUGUACGCAAGGGGGAGUGCUUGUUGUCAUUUGAGUCAUUGGUUGAUUCCAGGGUUUGAUAGCUUGAAUCUGAUGUACGGUAUACUGGGACCGGAAACCCACCUCGGAUCUUGGUUUUGGCUGUAAGUUUUUAGCCCAGGAUCCAAUGUCAACAAAUUAUGUGCCCUUGCCAGCUAGAGAACUUGCUUGGGCACCGGCCGGGAUAGGUAGUCAAAGAGUCAUAUAGCUGUUGGGAAACCG